CAACAUUUGACGGUUAUGAAUGGCAUGGAAGAAGAUUAGAAGUUAGAGAAGAUCGUAGUGCAAUGGAUUUUCCUCCUCCCCCUCCACGUACUGAGGGACUAGAAAAUGAGAAAAUCAGUGUGUCAAAUGGCCGAUCUGCAUCUGUAACUUCAAAUGAAAUCAAUGGAACUACGCCAUCAACACAAACGUCGUCUUCUCCAGUAGAUUAUCCUAAUGAAAAUAUUACUUUGAAUGGUAUAUCUAAUAAUAUUAAUAACGGUACCACAUAUUCUGAUGAAUCUACGAUCAGCAAUACAUCAUCUAUUGGAACAAAUGGGUUGAAUAAUAAUUCAAAUACGAAUUUACAAAGACAACUUUUUGUUGGAAAUUUACCGUUUCGUGUACGAUGGCAAGAUUUAAAGGAUCUAUUUCGAAAGGCGGGGACGGUGUUGCGUGCAGAUGUUGCAAUGGGUUGUGACAAUCGAUCUAAAGGUCAUGGGACUGUACUAUUUGGAAGCUUGGAAGAUGCGAAAAAUGCAAUUGGCUUCGUAGAUUCAAACGGCGUUAAUCAUCAGAAUAACAAUAACUCAAACCCUCAGAAAAUUCAUCAGGAGACUCGUCAGAUGGUUGAUCCGGUUCAAAAUCCCAGCCAUGCACAAGCUCCAUACGUACCAAAUGCACCAAUGGUUUGUCCGACAGGAAUUUUCUUUGUAAAUCUAAAAGACCUCUUUCGUAACGCUGGUAAUAUCAUUCGAGCUGAUGUUUCAACAAAUUAUGAUGGGCGAAGUCGAGGUUUUGGAACUGUGUUAUUUGCAACACCAGAAGAUGCUAGAAAUGCUGUUGGACCUUUUUCACCGCCGUUAGCCACACCGCCUCUAACAAGUCCACCUCCUUUUCCCGCCACGUAUAAUCCAUUGGCACAUAUUAACAGUCAACCAAAUACAAAUUCAAAUAGUUCUGCACCUUUUCACCCAAUUCCUAUUCAUCAUGGCGUGGGAGCAACUUCUCAGCAAUCAUCUAGUCAGCCUCAAAACAUUCCUCAAGAUCAAGCGACUGCAACGACUGCUUCUCAAUUUAAUGGUUUUGGUCCGAUUGGAAAAACUAAUCAUUCACCACAACCAAAUACUUCAUCAUCAUCAAUCUCAAAUUUAGGAGCUAUAGGUUUCCCUGGGACUUCAACUAAUUCAACCCUGACCACUACCAAUGGAUUGUCAUCAAGCGUAACAGUUGAAACGGAUAAUAGUAGUAAAAAUGUUAUGGUAUCGACCUCCAUCACCGAUGGAAACGCUAAUUCUACUAACAAUAAUAAUGCAUCAAGCUCAGUCACUCCCACGUCAAUUGUGG